AUGGAAGAUAGGAUUAGCAACUUACCAGAUCCAAUUCUCUGUCACAUUCUCUCUUUUCUCCCAACUGAGGAAGCCAUUGCAACCAGCGUUCUCUGCAAGAGGUGGAAGCCUCUUUGGCGUUCAGUUCCCACUCUGGAAUUCUUCUGCCACAGUCGUUUUAUCACAACAGAGCUCUUUCUGCAGUCCGUGAAUGUUGUUAUCCUCUCCCGAGAUCAAAACCAACCCAUUCAUAAAUUCCAACUCACCUAUAACUUUUGUGAUUCUGUUGAUCCUGUCAAUUUCGAGCUAUGGGUUAAUACAACAGUGAAACGCAGCCUUCAGCACCUCCAUCUCUACCUCCGAUUUCAUUCGUGCCUCACGCGACCCGCCAACUUGUCUUCCAUUUUCAGUUGCACAACUCUUGUGGUUCUCAAGUUGUAUCAGAUAAAUUUGGAACUAGAGUUCAAAACGUUACCCAAGUUGCUCAGAACAGAUAUACAGAUUUCAGAACAUACAUAUUUUUUGCUCAAAGUGGUUAACAAUGCUAAAGUUCUGUACUUAGAGAUUGAUGAUGAUAUAGAUGAAGUCACCGACCCCUACUUUUCCUCCAUGUUUCAUAAUUUAACUAAUGUUGAGCUUGUCUAUAGAUAUCAUAUUAAUGAUUGGUCUCAGAUAGUGAAAUUGCUCCAGCAUUGCCCCAUGCUUCAAGAUCUUGUCAUAAAGCAGCCAGAAUGUUGUGUGCUUGACUCUGUUCAAGGUGGAGAAGUAGGAGAUUGGAAAUUCCCGCCAUCCGUUCCUGAAUGUGUUCUAUUACACCUUAAAAGUUGCUAUCUAGAUGAUUAUAGAGGCACCCCAGACGAGUUUCGAUUUGCGAGAUAUAUUAUGCAGAAUGGAAGGUUUUUAAAGAGGAUGACAAUAUGCAGUUAUGUCGAGUUUCAAAAGGUACUGGAAAAUGGGAAAGAAACAUACCAAAAGGAUAGGUUUAAUUGCUUGAAAAUUUUAUUUACAAUAAACCUGGAUGAUAAACAGCAGCAAUGA